AUGGAUCAAGUGAUGUAUGAAGCACAACGGCAAGGACGCUUCAGUUUUUACAUGACACAUUACGGAGAAGAGGCAUUGCUUGGAGUAGCAGCUGCAUUGAAACCUACUGAUAUUGUACAUGGCCAGUAUCGUGAGGCAUAUACACUUUUGUAUCGAGGAUUUACGAUGGAAGAGUGCAUGGAUCAAUGCUUUGCUAAUGUUGGAGAUGGUGGUAAAGGAAGACAGAUGCCUGUUCACUAUACUUCCGAAGCUCAUCAUUUCCAAUCUAUUUCAUCCCCAUUGGGUACACAGAUUCCUCAAGCCGCUGGAUCUGCCUAUGCUCUUAAAUUGGAAGGCUCUGGUGAUCGAUGUAGUGUUUGCUUUUUUGGUGAAGGAGCUGCAUCUGAAGGUGAUUUUCAUGCUGGAUUGAAUAUGGCGUCUACUUUAAAAUGUCCUGUUAUUUUUAUCUGCCGUAAUAAUGGAUAUGCUAUCUCCACCCCAUCCAGUGAGCAAUACAAAGGGGAUGGUAUUGCCAGUCGUGGAGUAGGAUAUGGAAUGGACACUAUCCGCAUUGAUGGUAAUGAUAUCUGGGCUGCUUACAAUGCUACUAAAGCAGCAAGACAAAUUGCUACUCAAGAAAAUAAACCUGUGUUGAUUGAAGCCAUGACAUACCGCGUAGGACAUCAUAGUACCUCGGAUGAUUCAUCAAAAUAUCGUGAUCGAAAGGAAGUGGAACAUUUUCAGGUAAUGGAUAAUCCAAUUACUCGUUUACGUCAUUAUAUGACACGUCAAGGCUAUUGGUCUCAAGAACAAGAUGAUGCAUGGAGGACGAUGAUCAAGAAAGAAGUCAUGGAUACUUUUAGAGCAUGUGAAAAAAAGAAAAAACCUGCUUUGGAUGAAUUAUUUACCGAUGUUUAUGAUGAAUUACCUCCCAACUUGAUAAAGCAACGACAAGAACUUAUACGCUUGGUGAAUGAAUACCCUGAAUACUAUAAUGCAGAUGACCAUGAAAAAAUGUUUAGUCAAUGA